AUGUCGUUAUUUAAAGCACGUGAAUGGUGGUCUUGUCAAGUUGGUUCAGGAGAAGAAUUCGAUUAUGGUUGUCUAAAAGUUGGAUCAUUUACAGAAGAUUUAAAUAAUAAAAUUGUAGUUGGGAGUCAUCAAGGUAUAGUUCGAAUAUAUAAUCCAAGUUCCUCACAAUCAAAUUCAAUAACAAAUAAUCAUACAAGUGAUUUACUUUUGGAAAAAAAUCUUGGUAUGCCAAUUAUACAAAUUGAAAUUGGUAAAUUUGUUAGUACUUCAUCUAUUAAUCAAAUAGCUGUUUUAUUCUCUCAUAAACUUUCUAUUUAUGAUUAUAAUGAACAAUCCGGUAUGACAGAACAUGGUCGACAAAUUGAUUUGGAAUUAAAUUAUGAACAUAAUUUAAAUCGACCAACAUUUAAUAUGUGUAAAGGACAAUUUGGUAGUGGUGGAAGAGGAAAUAAAGAUUCUUCUAAUUAUGAAUAUAUUUGUGUACAAACACUUGAUGGUGUUUUAUUUGUAUUCGAACACGAACGACAAUCAAUGGUUAAAUCUCUUCCGCAUACUUAUUUACCGGGACCUAUUUGUUAUUUAUCUCGAUCAGAUGCUAUUGUUACUGUUUCAAGUAAUUAUCAUCUUGAAUGUUAUAAAUAUCAAGCGUUAGCAAUAUCAAGUGGUGCGGAUCAAGGAUCGAGUAUUAAUAAUGAUGCACGACGAAAAGGUUUGGAUAUGGAUUCAUCAGUAUCUGUAUCACAAUCAUCAAAACGAGUAUUACCUGAAUGGUCAUUUAAUUUGGGUGAAUGUGCACUUGGUAUACAAACAACACAACGUAUGAAAAAUACAUCACAGGCAAUUGUUGUUUUAGGUGAACGAAAUUUAUUUUGUCUUCAUGACAAUGGACAAUUAAUCUUUAUGAGCAAAUUUGAAUAUAAUCCAAGUACAUUUAUUAUUUAUAAUAGUGAAACCAGUAAUAAUGUAUCACAAUCUGAUCCAUCUAAUACUGGUGUUCGAUAUAUUGUUGGUACACAUUCUCAUACAUUAUUUAUUGCUCAAGAUGCUCAUAUUCGUUGGGCAGCUCAUAUUGAUUUUGUUCCUGUUCAAAUUGAAGUAUGCACUAUUCAAAAUAUACGUGGGAUGAUUUGUACGUUAAGCGAAACCGGUUUAUUACAAUGUUGUUAUUUGGGUACUGAUCCUGUUUCAACAUCAAUUCCAACUAUAAUGCCUAGUACAAUAAUUGAUGUUCGAGAUGCUGAAGAACAAUUAACCAAAUUAAAUAAACAAAUAAAACAAGCAAUGAAUGAUCCAACUUUAGUAAUAAAACGAAAAGCAAAUGCACAAGUAACUAUUCUAAUUGAUGAUACAAAUAAAUAUACUACAACAGAUGACACAAAAUUUCAAAGAAAUGAUGUUGAUUCUAAUGUACCAUUAUUACAUUUAAAUAUACGUGUAAAAUGUAAUGAAGCUAUACAAAAUGUUCUUCUUACUAUUCAUGUUCACAGUCCAUUAUGUGCACAACCAAAUGAAAUUCGAAUGGGUCAUAUUGGUGGUGCAGCUGCUAUUGGUACAGCAACAAUUGCAUUUUGGAUGCGAGAUGAUCUUACACCAUGGAAUCUUGACGCAACAUUUACAGUUUCAUAUAAUACAUUGUCAGAUAAUUUUUGUCAGACGAUUCAAAAAGCUUACAAAUUACCAUUAAAACUUGUUGCACGUUCAUUUCAACAACCACUUUCAGCUGCUGCUACUGGUAGCCAAUGUAAAAUAACAUUAGGCGCUAAUAAACCUGUAGUCGAUCUAAAUACAAUUUUUCCUGACAUUUCUAGUGAAGAAAAUAAUCAACAGCAAAGUUUAACAACUCGAUUUUAUGGUUCCAAUGAAAAUAUAUCCAUAUUAGCAUCAUCUAAAUCACAAAAAUAUCGUUUUCAAAGUGAUUCUCUUUCAAAUAUUUGGCUUUUUUGUCAUUUACUUAUUGAACGAUUAAGUGCGAAAUCAAUAAUUGAAUUUGAAUUUGGUGAUCCAUUACCAUUAAACGAUUAUUUUUCAUUAGUUGAUCAUCAUUAUGAAUCACGUGUUGAAUGUGAACAAAUUAAUUUAACAUUAGAUAUAUGUUCAAAACAAUUUCGUGCUAUACAAAAACGUUUAUUAAAUAAAUUUAAAGAUAAAACACCAACAUUACUUGAUAAUUUAGAUAUUUUACUUGAAAAUACAAAUCAACAGAUUCUUGCACUUGCUGAUCGAUAUGAACAAAGUCGUUAUGAAUUAAAUCGAUGUUCACAUGAUUUAUCAUGUGCAACGAAACUUAUUUGUCUUCUUUUAAAAAUUAGUGUGAAUUUAUCAAAUGAAAAUGCUCAAUUAUUAAAUGCUAUUUUAUCACCUGUUAUAUCAGAUGAUAAUGAACAAGGUUGGGAAGAAACUGUUGAUUUAGCAGUUAAUUAUGCAUUACGUACUGUUCUUGCACGAUCCAAAAGUGCUGAUCUAGGUUCAAUACCAAAUUCCAUAGGAAAUUCAACAAUAAAUAUUGAUAUAAAUAAAUUAAAAAAACGUAUUCAAACAUUAUGUGAACGUUUAGAAAAAGGUGGUUCAUUAGUUUCAUCAAAUCCAACAACAAAUCGUAGUUUAUCACCUGAUUCAUCUUAUGCAUCAACAUCAUUAUCAACAAGAAGAGAAAAACCAGUUGCUUCAACUCAUUAUAAUCAUAGAGAAGAUGAUGAUGAACUACUAAAUGGUGAUGAUGAAAAUGCAUUUCGUCUUUUACCUUCGACAAAUGCUCGAAAGAAUUAUAAUAAUGAUGAUGAUGACGAUAAUUAA